GUCUUCACCGGCGACUUACUGACACGCCCGAGCCGAGUCGUGGUGCCGCGGAGAGCAAGUCCGAGCUGCGGCGACCAAACAUUCGAGAGUCGACAACUGCCCGGAGGAGACAACACAGACAGUGUAGCGCCAUGACGACGCUGCUGGACCUGAAGAGUAGCGUCUUGCGCCAGGUGCAAAGGAGCCAGUCGCUGAGGAGCCGCAGGGAGUCGCCGCCCGCUGCCGGCAGCCCCCUUAGCCACUGCCCGGAGCCGUUAUCCCGAAGGAUUUCUGAGGAGAGCAUGGAGUUCUUUGAGCGUAUGAACACUAUUCUGCAGAAACAGGAGAACAUGUUGCAGGCCGGCCAGGCUGAGUGCCAAAGAGGAGCCUGCACCGUGCCGCCGCCACAAGAGCACGUGGACCAGGCCUUUAUCCACGACAGAAUCACCAGGACGGAGCUGGACUUGAUCUAUGAGGAGGUUGUGUACACCCUGGUCAACAGAGUAGGGGUGCCCUCAUCAGAACAUGUGACGAGUGACGAAGAGCUGUUUGCCUACCUUCGGAAGGUUUUUGAUAUGGGCGAGGAGGAGCAUGACAUCAUACUUCAGAAAGUGCAAGAAUCCAAGAGAGCCACAUUUUCUUUGAGCGCUUCUGUCUUGAAAGCCAAGAAUCUGCUGGCUAAGGAUGCCAAUGGCUACAGCGACCCCUACUGCAUGCUGGGAAUCCUGGAGGGGCAAAGCCCGAGGGAGUCUGAGGAGAAGAAGGAGAGGAAGUUCAGCUUCAGGAAAAGGAAGGACAAGCUGGAGAAACGGUCCAGCACCAAGGAGGCCCUUCCGGCCAGGUGCAUCCAGGUGACCGAGGUCAAGCCAGAGACCCUCAACCCGGUCUGGGACGAGCACUUUGUCUUUGAAGUGGAUGACGUCCAUAGUGACUUGCUACAUUUGGACAUUUGGGAUCACGAUGACGACGUCUCGGUGGCCGAGGCCUGCAAAAAGCUCAAUGAAGUCAGCGGACUUAGAGGAAUGGGAAGGUAUUUUAAGCAGAUUGCAAAAUCGGUGCGUGCUAACGGAUCAUCAUCAUCCGGCUCCGAGGAGAAUGCCGACGACUUCCUGGGAUGCAUCAACAUCUCUUUAAAUGAGAUUCCCAUUGGCGGCUUCGACACUUGGUUCAAACUGGAGCCUCGCUCGAGCGCCUCCAAAGUGCAGGGCGAAUGUCACUUGAUACUGAAGCUGUUCACAAGCCAGAGAGACACGACGCUGUCGAAGAAAGAGUCAAAUGUGUCCAUCCACAAGAAACUGCUGAGUCAGAUUGUAGAGCAUGAGCACGCUCAUGUCAAGCGUGAGCCGUACAACUGGAAUGGGCAGGUCAGCCCCCCGGUGUGGACGGUGCUGACUCACCAUGCUGUGCAGACGGACCUCACCCGUCUCCAACAGUCCAUUAUUCGCUGGCAGUGCUACAGCGGCCAUCAUCGAACCCAGCGGGUGUGCUACUCCCUGCUGCUGCGCCUCCUGAGGGCCAUCGAUGCAGAGUGGGACCCUCCCUCUGUGAGAGGAGACCUGGAGAGGCAGCUGUCAGACAGCUUCAGGCUGUACACAGAGCACUGCCUGUGCCUGAUGAAGAACAUGCGACAGGUUUUCCCCUGCACCAGCGCCGCCGCCAUUACGCGCUACGAGCUCAUGCUGAGAGGGAUCGGCUACAUGCAGAACAUGCGGGCGUUUAAGAGCGUUUGCCCCCUGCGUAACGAGCUGCACUUGGACAUCACAUCUGCCGUGAAGAAAGGAACCUCUGAGUGGUACGAGGGCUUAAUGGCGCAGUACAAGCCAGAGGAUGGGUCGCUGGAGGAGCAGCUGAAAAAACUGGUUGUAGUGGUGGACGCCGUCUGCGCAGACAUGCAGAGAGCUCAGAAUAUCUACAACAAACUCUUCUACAGUGCGGUCAAAGUGGAUUUCUUCAGUGUGACCUACAGGCAGCUGGAAAAGAUGGUGGCCGAUGAUGUCAACGUGGCCAUGGAGAGGCUUUGCGGCACUCUGGAGCAGGAAAGUUCCAGACUGACGCAGACGAUGGGCGAGACUGUCUUUGAGCUUUUCGUGUCAUUGAAGAGCCUCAAGGGCUUCCGGGAGUUUCUUCCUCUCAAAGAUGCAAAGAUGUUGGCCUUGACAGUAUUCCACAACUGGUUCAAGUCGUCCAUUCACAAGUUCCUGCAGAUUGUUCACGACAGGUCAUGUGACAGGAUCUGCAAAGCGGUGGAAACAGACAAGAUAGAAGCGGUGCAGCAGGCCAAGCACAGUUCCUCGGCGCUGGAAGUGACGUCCUGCUUCCGACAAGUCCGAGACAUCUGGCUCCAGCUGGCAUGGCCGGACUCUGCGGGCGCUUUCAUCUUUGUCACCCGCUUGACGGACAACUUUUGCAGCGAGGCUGUGUACUACUCGGAGAUGCUCACGCGCAAGAUUGAGAGGAGCCAGCUGGGCCGGGACCACAAUAGCUUCAUAGUGCAGCUGUCCGUGGCCCUCAAUGACGUGGAGCACGUACGCGUCUUCCUGGGUCACCUGCCCCGCGACCUGGACUGGCCGGGCGUGGAACGCGCCAUGGAGGAGUCGUGCGGCGCCGAGGGCAAGGAGCAGGUGUUCAAGGCCCUCAACGGGCAGCUUUUCAACAUGAACCUGGACCUGCAGAAGGAAGCCAAGCAUCUCAUCGCGCUGCUCACGGACAAGAUGGUGCCUGAGUUGCGGCGUUACAUCCAGCACAUCAGCUUGUCUCCUGACUCCAUCAACAACGACGUCGCCGUCGCCCCCCUCAUGAAGUACCUGCAGGACACCGUGGUCAUCCUCACCGACACGCUGGUGAAGGACAACCUUACCCGGGUUCUGCAGAGCUUGUGGGAGCUGCUGCUGCGCAUGAUCCUGGACUCGGUCACGGAGAACCGCGGCGUUCAGGUGGAGUUCUACAACCGCUUCCAGUACACUGUAGAGACCUUAUUGCACUUCCUUCAAGAAAAUGGUCUGUCCCUAGAAGAUAUGAAGAGUGGAGACUACAAGGCCCUGGAGGAGGAGCUGAAGCUGAACAAAUGUUCCUCCUUCGAAUUGAUCGAACAGUACUACCUGGAAAAGAUCUCCCUGCAGAAAACCCUCAAACACACACGCUUCGGUCGGAUCAGUGUCAAGUGCUACUACGACGCUCCAGAGCAGAGGCUGACUGUAGAGAUUCUGCACGCCGCCGACAUCAUGGCACUGGACGCGAAUGGCCUGAGCGACCCGUUCGUCAUCGUGGAGCUGUGUCCGCACCACCUCUUCCCGCUGGCCAAGAGCCAGCGCACGCAGGUGAAGCUGAAGACGCUGCACCCCGUGUUCGACGAGCUCUUCUACUUCCACGUGAGUCCCGAGCAGUACAGGCACAGAUUCGCCUGCUUGACCUUCACCGUGAUGGACUACGACUGGCUGUCCACCAACGACUUCGCCGGCGAGGCCGUGGCCCCGCUCAGCGACUUCUGCUGGCCGGGGAGGCCCAACGCCACAGCGGCUGGCAAGAGCGUGCAGCCCUUCAUCCUCCAUCUGUCUCGCAGCAAACCCAGCGAGAAGCCGAUCAUGCGGAUGCUGGACGCUCGGCCGGGUGACAGGGAGGCUCAGGAGUUUGUCCGCAGGCUGAAGGAGAUUGAGAAGUCCAUGGAGGAGGAGUAAAAAAAACGAACAAAAAAAA